AUGCUACCAACGGAGGAGGAAUACGAAGCCAUUAUGAAGGCCAAGGCGGAGCAGGACGGGGCUACUAUGGGUCCGGCCGAGCAGUUUCUCAUUACACUCUAUUCUAUCAGCCAUCUGAAGCCACGCCUCGAGCUCUGGUUGUUCCGACUUGACUACGAUUCGAUAGAGUCGGAGGUCAGCGAGCCACUGAUGGAUCUGAAACAGGGCAUGAAAGAGAUUACAAACAGCAAAACAAUUCGCUACAUCUUGUCCACUUUGCUGACUAUCGGUAACUUCCUUAACAACAGCUCCCUCCGCGGCUUCAAUUUAGACUACCUGUCCAGACUGCCCGAGGUGAAGGAUACCAAGAACAAGAACAGCCUGCUCCAUCAUGUUUGCUCCAUCGUGUUGGACCAGUUUCCCGACAGCACAGGUGAGCGAAUUGAUCUAAGCUAA